AUUUUUUAUUCGCGUGGGAGGAUAUUGUAGCAUUGCGCUUGUACAUACUACAUGAUUUACUCGUCAUACACCAGUAUCUGGAGUUCGUAUCUAUAUUUUUUAAUAUUUUCUGACCUAGCGAAGCGCAAAAAAUAUAUUUUUAUGCAAUUAUAGUGCACUUGUCAUCCAGAUGUACCGGCAAUUUUGUUAAUAUGUAAUUUAUACUCGUAACUACGAGUUAUAGGUAUAUGGUGCCCGGAUGUUAUGACAUAGGUUAUUCCUCAAUAGUGUAGUGUUUUGCAGUAGUUUCGAGUUAUGCUAGAAGAUUUAAGGAGGGACUUCCAAAGGAGUUGGCCACAGAUUUUAGCUAUAGCUAUAGGAUGUCUGGGAACACUGAACACUGGCUUCCAAUAUGCCUGGACGUCCCCGUACAUCAUCCAGAUCACCAAGGACAAGAUCGAUUACCACAUAUCGGAAGAUGAAGCAGCAUACUUUGCUAUCAUCCCUCCUCUAGCCAUGAUGCUUACUUGUCCAGCCUCAUCUUACCUCACCAAGAUAAUUGGGCCAAAGAAAGGCUUCCUGUUGACCACGAUUCCUAACCUUCUUAACUGGAUCCUGAUUGCAACAGCAGAGCAAGCCUAUGUGUUUUAUAUAGCGAGGUUUUUUGUUGGAGUGUCAGAUGGCAUCAUGUUUACGUCUUUCCCAGCGUAUAUUGGAGAAAUAUCUACUCCAAAGGUUAGAGGUACCUUUGGAAAUGGACCAACCCUUGCUAUAUAUUUGGGCGAGUUUCUCAUCAACCUUUUAGGUAUGUAUCUAGAUGCCAAACAAUCGUCCUACGUGUGUUCCACAGUUCCAGUACUAUUUGGUAUCCUGUUCCCCUUAAUGCCCGAAUCGCCGUACUAUCUGCUCACCAAAGGGAGGGAAGAAGACGCCAGAAAAUCAUUGAAAUGGUUUCGGAGGAAACAGGACAUCGAAGAGCCCUUCCAACAACUGAAAGCAGACGUUGAAAGGCAAAUGUCUGAGAAAGGAACUUGGAAAGAACUUCUUUUGGUCCGUUCAAAUAGAAAAGCUCUUAUUGGAGGGCUAUUUUUGAGGCUGUCUCAACAGUUCAGUGGGCUGCAAGUGUUUGCAGUGUAUACAUUGUAUAUAUUCGAAAAAGCUGGUACUAACCUCAACCCGCGUAUGUCUACUAUUGUCUUCGUAGCUAUAGUUUUGAUAUUAAAUAGUAUUUCAUGUUGCACAAGUGAGUAUCUUGGAAGAAAGAGAGCCUACAUUAUAUCUCUGGCAGUAUGUACCCUAUUUCUUUGGAUUAUCGGUAUUUAUUUCUGUAUCGAUCAAUUCCAACCUCAAAUUGAUCUCAGCUUUUUUCAGUGGCUUCCUCUAGCAGGUUUGAUCUGCUAUACUAUAUUCGCAUCAUUUGGUAUAUCGAUAAUUCCCUCUCUGAUGCUAGGUGAAUUAUUUUCAGCUAGUAUAAAAUCCAAAGGACUAUCUGUGUUGGUAGUUGCUUUAGGUGCAGGUACAACAACGAUGUACUACCUCUUUUAUUUUUUUAAUUCCACAUAUGGAAUGUAUUUCCCUUUUAUAUUCUUUGCUGUGUGUAGUACUAUAUCGACUGCACUGUCCAAUUGGUUGGUACCUGAGACUAAAGGAAUGACUUUAGAACAAAUCCAGCAAUCGUUGUCAAAGAAAAAAUCUGAAACUACCUCUUAGUCUGCGAGUGUAUUUUUACUCAAUUUUAGGCAAAGAGUGUUUUGGACAGAGCAACAAAGCUAUGAGUGAUACCAUAAGAUGUAUCUCCUGUUUCCCCGUUUGGUUUUUCAGUGCAAGACGAAUAAAAUGUUUUUGUCAAUAAACGAGAUGAAAUGCG